GCAUAACAGCGUUGUUAACACUUUAAAAAUGGGUACCGAUACAAUGGGACAUGUAAGAGAUAAUUAUGAAAAAAGAAAAAGCAAAGUUAGUUCUUCCAAUGAUUUCGCGUUCAAGCCAAUCGCUUUUACGAGAAAAUUAGAUGUUGGAUCCCCGCCUAAAGCUGGAGCCUUUACUCACAAGCCACUUAAAUGUGAUACUCAGUUCAGAAUAUUUUAUGACCGUGGAGAUUUCCCUGUGGCGUUAGAACAUGAUAGCAAGGGAAAUAAAAUUGUUUGGAAAGUUGAUAUCGAGAAGUUGGAUUAUCACCAUUACCUCCCACUCUUUUUCGAAGGUUUGGCAGAAACUGAACAUCCAUAUGAAUUCUUUGCCCGGCAAGGUGUACAUGACCUACUGGAGCACGGUGGAAACAAAAUACUGCCCGUAAUACCUCAGCUUAUAAUUCCUAUAAAGUCAGCGCUUAACUUGCGUCAGCAUAAAGUUUGCUGUACAGUUCUCAAAGCUAUUCAACAUUUAGUUGUUUCUGGUGAAAUGAUCGGGGAAGCCCUUGUACCUUACUACAGACAGUUGUUACCAGUCAUGAAUACCUUUAUAAAUAAAAAUAAAAAUUUGGGAGAUGGAAUCGACUACAGCCAGCAGAAGCGAGAGAACUUGGGUGAUUUAGUUCAUGAAACUUUACAGAUACUCGAGAUGCAUGGUGGAGAAAACGCUUUUAUUAAUAUCAAAUACAUGGUACCAACCUACGAAUCAUGCGUAUUCCAGUGAUUUGAAGUGUUGUCAAAAUGUUGUGUUUAUUACUAUACAGAUCAUAUUUUGUAGACUGUAGUUUUGUAAUGACUUUUAUACUUCAAUUUAAUCACCUUCCGUCAGGUGCUGACCAAAUUUUUGGUAGUAAAUAUAAAUAAUCUGUAGUGGUUAUCCUGGUAUAUGUAAAUUUUUGUCCCUUCUAUUCAUGAACUACCCCUAAUCAAAGUUUUCUUUUUUGUUAAAGUUGUGGUGUUUUGUAAUUGUUUAUGAUAUUUGUUCCUACCUUUUAUGCAGUCAGCAUGUCAUUAUCUGUUAUAAAGUGCUUAAUAGCUUGUAUAUUUCAAACGAAUAUUGAACGGAGCAGUAGGUGGUUUGAAAUGCCAGUUUCAGACGCAAGACAUAGAUCCUUUUUGUUUUUUUAUGCGUGAAUUUUUACUAGCUCAAUUUAGCUGAGGAUUUUUCUAUCGGGUGCUCACUAUAACCUUGUCCUGUAGUGGUGUGUAACGCAGCCAA